GAGCACCAUUGAGAAGGACUCGAGCACCAUUGAGAUAAGGAAGUUGGACCGUCGUCUCUUCCAUUCAACUUCUUCUUCCUUUCUCCGAUCAACAAUGGCGGAUCUCACUCCCUACAACCCUACCACCGGAAUCUACACCUCCACACGACCACCAAUUUCCCUCCCACGAUCGCCCACCACCUCUAUCAUCGAUUUCCUCUUCCGCAACCUCCCUGCUUACUCCAAUCGUCCCGCCUUAAUCGACCCUCAUUCUCAUGAAAUCAUCACUUUCUCUCAGCUCAAACAAAAAGUCUCCGAUCUUGCUCACGCCCUGCACUACACUCACAAUAUCUCCAACGGCGAUGUCGUCCUCAUCUUCUCCCCCAACUCCAUUCUCUUCCCCGUAGCCUUCUUCGCCGUUGCCUCCAUUGGCGCCAUCGUCACCACCGCUAAUCCUGUAUACACCGUCAAUGAACUCUCACACCAGAUAGCUGAUUCUAAACCUAAAUUGAUUAUCACCGUUGACCAACUCUACUCCAAGGUCAACGAAUUCAAUUUGCCCAUAGUUGAUCUGGAAAACUAUUUAGAUUUAAUCGAGAAAUCGCGUAACCAGCCCGUGAUCUCCUUUUCCGUUUCUCAAAACGACGUCGCCGCGAUCCUGUACUCCUCCGGCACGACCGGAUUGAGCAAAGGAGUGGUGUUGACUCACCGAGCUAUAAUGGCGACGGCGUUGAUGGUGACGUCCGACCAAGAGUUCUACGGGGAAGGAAGAAGCGUGUUUCUGUGUGUGGUACCGUUGUUCCAUAUUAUGGGGCUGAUCACGUUCAGCUACUCGCAGAUUCAGAGAGGGAACGCGGUGGUUGUGAUGCAGAGGUUUGAGUUGGAGAAGGCUCUGGAUGCAAUGGAGAAGUACAAGGUGACUCACCUUUAUACUGCACCGCCGGUGGUUGUGGCGAUGGCGAAGCAGCCGGCGGUUGUGAGAAGGUACGAUACGUCAUCGUUGAAAGAGAUUGGGUCCGGCGCAGCACCUUUAGGGAAGGACGUCAUGGAUGAAUGCUCCAAAGUUUUUCCUCAAGCAAAGAUAUUACAGGGAUAUGGGAUGACAGAAACAGGUGGAAUUAUAUCGAUUGAGAAUACAAGGGUAGGAUCUGGUCUUUCAGGUUCAUCCGGAGUGCUUUGUCCAGGAAUGGAGUCCAAAAUUAUACACAUAGAAACAUUAAAACCUCUUCCACCCAAUCAAUUGGGGGAAAUUUGGGUCCGCGGACCCAAUUUGAUGCAACAGUAUUUCCAUAACAAAGAGGCCACACAGCAGACCAUAGACAAAGAAGGGUGGUUACACACAGGUGAUCUUGGUUAUUUUGACGAAGGAGGACGAAUAUUUGUCGUGGAUCGACUCAAAGAGCUUAUCAAGUAUAAGGGUUAUCAGGUGGCACCUGCAGAACUUGAAGGGCUGCUGGUUAAACACCCUGAAAUCAUGGAUGCUGCAGUCAUCCCAUAUCCUGAUGAGGAAGCAGGUGAAAUCCCGAUGGCAUAUAUAGUACGUAAAGUGGGAAGCUCGAUUACUGGCGAAGAGCUUCAAAGUUUUAUUGCAAGACAGGUUGCACCGUUUAAAAGAAUACGCAAAGUAGCAUUUAUCGACAUCAUUCCGAAAGCAGCAUCAGGAAAGAUUUUGAGGAGGGAACUUAGACAGAAACUUAAAUCCAGACUCUGAAGAUAUAAUAUAUCCUUUUCCACUCAUAGUUGCUUAUCAAUAAUAAUGAGAAUCUUUAGACACA